AGCGCCAACUUGUGCGGCGAGUAGCCAAAGGGGCAAAGCAGCGGAAAGUAGAAGAGCAAGCAUAGUUUAGCCUCUCCCCACACACCACAUUCACGUCAGUCUCUCCAUCUUCCCUGGCCUCCACUCCAUGUACAAACUCAAGUUGAAGCAGAAGCUCAACCAGGCCCGGUCCCACUCGGAGCUACAGAAUGCCAUCACCAUGGGCAAGGCCGUGGUCAAGACUCUCAACAAACUAGUUGAGAAGCAGAAACUAGCACAAACCGCCAUCUCGACGUGGGGAUCGGAGGAGGAGGACUCGGAUCUGCAGGUCUUUUUCCGCAAGAUCAACGAUGUGCAGGACGAGUGGUUUGCCAUUCAGGCCGCGUUUGCCGACAAGUACGACCAGUUUGUGAUUAUGUGGGAGUCGAUUCUCAACGAGGUCAAGUCACUCGACCCGCUCAACAAGAGCGUAGUGGCGGCCGAGUCGCGGCUGGAGAAGAAGCGCAAGGCACUGGAGAAGGCCAAGGGCAAGCCGGACUUUGAGACCAAGCGGGCACAGCUCGAGGGCGACGUGGAUGAGAUGGAGGCGCAGCUGGAGCAGGCGCUCCGCGAGCGCGACACGCGGUCGGACGAGAUCACUGCCUUUAAGAAGGAGCGCUUUGCCGAGGGCUACACCGAUCUCUCCAAGGCGCUGCUCAUCAUGCAUGAGCGCGGCUCUCGGGCCAUUGCCGAGCAGAUCGACGCUGCCGGCCGCCUAGACGCGCGGUACGCGGCCGAGCGCGGAAACACGGCCGCCAACGUGCCGCAGCUCACCUCGCUCACCAUUUCGCCGGCUGCUGCUGCGGCCUCGUCGGCCUCGUCGCCGCGGUCGGCCGAGUCGGAGGAGCCGCCGACCCACCUGGCCCAACCGGUCUCGCACCAGCUGGCCGCCGAGUCGGAUACCAACGCGUCGGGCGUCGAGUCGGGCGACGGCGCCAUGACCGAGCCGCAGCGCCCGCCGUCGACUGGCAUUGCCGCCUCGGACGGCCCGGUCGUCGAGUCGGAUGGCGACGCCGCUGGGGAUGACGACGACGACGAUGGCAUCAUUCCUGUCCAGCUCCGCGUCCGCGCCCUCUACGACUACGAGGGCGAGGAAGGCGAUCUCUCGUUCCGCGCCGGCGACAUCAUCGACGUCACUGGCAAGGACGAGGACGGCUGGUGGAUCGGCAUCCAGGACGGCGUCGAGGGUCUGGUGCCGUCCAACUAUGUCGAGGUGCUGGAGGGCGAGUAAACACUGCGGUACCACCGAA